UCAUUUUGUUUUUUCUUUAACCACACCUCCAUAACCUUGGAAGUCAGACCUGGUUAUUGUGGGAGGAUGAGGCUGCUCCUCUCCAUCGUCCUGUGUUUGGGUGCUGCUGUCCCGCAGCAUGUGAUAGCAGCAGAUGGUGAGGAACCAACUUCAGCAGGCCCUUGCCAUCCAAACCCUUGCCACAACAGAGGGACAUGUGAGAUCAGUGAGACCUACAGGGGCGACACCUUCAUUGGUUAUGUCUGCAAGUGUCCACCGGGCUUCAGUGGAGUUCACUGCCAACACAACAUCAACGAAUGCGAAAGGGACCCAUGCAAGAACGGGGGCAUUUGCACAGAUCUGGUUGCCAACUAUUCUUGCGAAUGCCCGGGGGAGUACAUGGGGAGGAACUGUCAAUACAGAUGCUCUGGACCACUGGGCAUGGAGGGCGGUAUAAUCUCCAACCAACAGAUAACAGCCUCUUCCACCCACCGCGCUCUCUUCGGCUUGCAGAAGUGGUACCCGUACUUUGCACGCCUCAACAAGAAGGGCCUGGUCAAUGCCUGGACUGCUGCCGAAAAUGACAGAUGGCCGUGGAUCCAGAUAAACCUGCAGAGGAGAAUGAGGGUCACAGGUCUAAUUACCCAGGGUGCAAAGCGUAUCGGCAGCCCGGAGUACGUCAAGUCUUACAAAGUAGCCUACAGUGAUGACGGAAAAACCUGGAGAACAUACAAAGUCAAGGGCAAAGAUGAUGAUAUGAUUUUCAGAGGAAACGUCGAUAACAACGCUCCAUCAGCCAACUCCUUCACCCCUCCCAUUGAGGCCCAGUACGUGCGCAUCUACCCCCAGGUGUGCAGGAGGCACUGUACCCUACGCAUGGAGCUGCUCGGUUGUGAGUUGACAGGCUGCUCUGAACCACUUGGAAUGAAGUCGGGCCAUAUCCAGGACUAUCAGGUCACGGCCUCCAGCCUCUUCAGGACGCUCAACAUGGAUAUGUUCACUUGGGAGCCUGGAAAGGCUCGGUUGGACAAACAGGGCAAGGUCAAUGCUUGGACAGCUGGACACAGUGACCAGUCACAGUGGCUACAGGUGGACUUACUUGUGCCUACCAAGGUUACAGGUAUCAUCACCCAGGGAGCUAAAGACUUUGGCCAUGUCCAGUUUGUUGGCUCAUACAAACUGGCAUACAGUAAUGAUGGAGAGCGGUGGAAAGUAUAUCAAGAUGAGAAACAGGGGAAGGACAAGGUUUUCCAAGGGAACUUUGACAACGACACACACCGAAAGAAUGUGAUAGAUCCACCCAUCUACGCUCGACUCAUCCGGAUCCUUCCCUGGUCAUGGUACGGCAGGAUCACUUUGCGUGCAGAAGUACUGGGAUGCACAGAGGAAGAGUGAAGUUCUUUCUUCCAUCUUUAUUGCCAUUCCCCCUGUCCCUUGGCAUACUGGAGUAUCUCACCCGGUAUUUCAAAAAUAAACUGUGCAACCUGUAAAAAUAAAUCAAUUUCCAAUGGAUUUUUCAAGAAUACGUGUUUGGUUGUGGUGGGUUGCUGUUUGUUCUUUUUGUACAAUGAUUUAAAACCUGCCCUUGAUCACUUUUGUCUUUUAGUUUCCUCUUUAAAGCGUAAUCUUUCUGUCUUUUUAUUCUUCUCAAGAUUUACCAUCCUGUUUGGAAUAAACUUCUGUAAUAUAUGUGGGAGGGAUGGGUUGGACUCGGAUAGGGGUUCUCCCUGUGGUUUUAACUUGUUGUCAUGGAAGCUAUUGUACAGUGUCACUUUUUAACAAAGAUGUGAAAUCUGUCUGCCGUGUUUCAUUGGACAUAAUUAACCAACUUCAUACCAUAACUAAACUGUCAAAAUUACCAUGUAGAGAUCACACUUUAUUAUCACCCCUUCAAAAAUAUUUUUACUUUAAUUACAACACUUCCUCAAGCCAUGCUUUUACCCUAAUGGACACUGGCAUUACUACAUCAAUCAAAACACUAUUAAUGCUCUUGUAUUAUAUGUAAAAGACUAAGAAAUUGCAUGGUGCGUGAAUUAUAAAUGUAUAUUAUGACAAAUCAUUUAAACCUCCAGCCCUGAGAGCAAUGGCUUUGAUUUAGGGACCUAUUUUUAUGUGCAUUUUUAAAUAGUUCUGAAACAUUACAACACACUGCAAAAGCUUACUGAAGAUAACUGAUAUGUGAGACAAUAAACGAGCACUGCAGUUAAACGUGGUACUGCAUCCCUGACGUUGAGGCUUGAAAGCUGUCUCUAGCUGAAUUGUCUUAAUGCUCUCAUAAGGAGUUCCAUUUUUUAUUUGUAUUUGAUUAACCCUACACUUUUUCUAAGAUAUUUGGAAUUAUUGUUUGUGCUUGUUCUUUUUUGUAUUUAUUUAGAUUUAUUUGUCUCAGCUGUCAGAUGCAUAACAUCUGUGUUAAAUGUCUUCGUGCUGUCUUGGUGAUCUAAGUUUUAUCAAUUACAAAGCUCAGGAUAGAUGUCAGUCAUAAUAAUAAUCAUUUUUGGCCACCUUUUCAAAGCUUUUUUCUGUAUCAUUAUUUGAAGAAAAUGUCAAAUGGGUGAAAGCAACUAUUUAAAUCAUAUCCACAUUUUCAUAAUCCAAAUAUUGAAAGCAGUCUUCUAUUUUAUUUAAUCCCUUUGAUAUUAUAAAUUAUAAUUAAUGUAUUUUUCAAAAGAGAGCAAAUGUCCAAGAUUAAUAAUAUAUUAACAUUUUUUCAUUAUCUCAAAACCUACAAUGAUAAUAACAUCACAGAACUCAUAACUAAUAUGGACAGCCUCUUUAUUUCAGGAGAUUUGAUCUUUAUUAUCAUGUUGGAUGAGAAAUCAUGUAGAAAUAAAAUGUAAACGAGCUUGUGGGUAUUUUAACAUAACAUGACAGCAACUAUCUGCAUGCAAAAAUAUUUUAAGCUCCUGGGAACCAUUUGUACACGUUCAGGUUUAUUUAUGCAGUUUUCACUGUAUGGAUUCUGCUGUUGGCUGCUUCUGCAGUAAAUUAACCGUGAUGGUUGGAUAGUUAAAUAAAUGGAAGUAAACCAGUACCUGAGGUACAGCAGCAAUGUCGAGCCUUACAGCCCCAUUUUACACGGCUUUAAAUAGGCACGGAUUACUCCAGUGGUUCCUACUCUUAACUAGUAGCCCAGAAACAUUUGAGUGCUCCAAUAACAGCUGAAGGGAGCUCCUUUCGUGCUCCGUGUUUCACUGAAGACUUACCAGCUUUCAGUCACUUAAUAUCCAAUCAUUUCAUAUUGUAGUAAUAUAAAGCAUUUGUUCUGAGGUGGCAGCCCAGCCUGAAAGAGAAAGUAAAGAAAACCUUAAUAAAUUGACUGAACCAACCUCUCCAAAUAAUUUUGGUUGUCUGACUGGACUGGAAAUACAAAAGUGCCACCUUUAUUUUCAUCACUUUAUAUUCAAUAAAUGAAAACACAUUUGAAUUAAUUAUAUUUUGACUUCAUUCUAAAAGCACAGCAAGAAAAUGUGUCAUCAUUCAAAUAUGUCAGUGCUUACUUUACACUGUUGUGUUCCAUGGUGCUUUUUAGGUGUCGUACCAUCAACAUUGAUGUUGUUGUAGUUGACAAGUAACAUAAAAACAAAAUAUAUUUCGAUUGUUAUCUGGAUAUUUGGAAUUCAGUAUAGCCUAUUGUAUUCUGGUUUGGCAAACUACAAGAGGGUUUCUUGGAAAUGUAGUUUUCAACUCUGUACUUCAACAUAAAUUACACUGAAACACUUUGCUGUAGAUUACCAAUUUGUGAAAACUGUUAUUGGUGUGAAUCAGUGACUGUCAUUCCGUAGGUUCAUGGACAAAGAAUAACCAUAAACAGAUUAUUUGUACACUCUUUAAUUCUUUAUUGCCAAAUAACUAUAUCUUGGCCAGCAUCUGCCCUGAUUGAUCUUUGUAGUAAGCUUCCUGUCAGCAGGCCUGCUACAAAGCUUUGAGGAAGUUUGCAUGAUGUAUGAGUUUGAGCAGUACAGUACAACAAAGAUGUCCACAGGCACAUUAUGUUCUUGAAUAUCAUAAAGAUCUAAUAGGCUUUACUUUGUACCUUUGAUUGUCUUGUGCAUUGUAAAACUUCAUCUAACAGGUUCAAAAGGGGAGCAGAGUGGAAACUCAUCCCGUCCUUGUAUUUCUGUGUCCGCUGCUCACAUAAUAUUUCUUACCUCUUCAUUCUGAGUGUCAAUCACUAAUUAGAAAAUGUAUCUAUCAUAAUGCUGGUAAGGUUCAAGCCUGCAGAGAGUGAAAAACUGUGUACAGUCAAAAAAGUUGUUGCUUCAAACAAAAGCUCUUUCAGUUUGACAAAUAAAAACAUAUCUGUGAA